GGAAUAGAAACGUUUCGCGAAGGAGGGAACCGGAGCUUGAAGACGAAGAAGAGCAAGAAUCCAUCCGCCUUCUUCUCCCCCCCCCCCCCCCCCCCCCCCCACCAGCACAGAGGGCACCUGGAAAUUCUUCCGAUCGAACUCAAUGGCAGCGAAUUUCUGGACUUCCACCCACUAUAAACAGCUGCUGGACCCAGAAGAGGUGGACGUGGUGCAACCGGCGGAUAAAGAGAAGGGUAUCACCGUCGAGGACUUCAAGCUCAUCAAAAUGCAUAUGGCCACUUAUAUAUGGAGAUUGGCUCCACAAGUGAAAGUCAGGCAAAGGGUCGUUGCCACAGCAAUUACAUAUAUGAGACGUGUCUACACCAGGAAGAGUAUGUCAGAAUAUGAUCCACGCCUUGUGGCUCCAACAUGCCUGUACCUGGCAUCAAAAGCAGAGGAAAGCACAGUUCAGGCCAAACUUCUUGUGUUUUACAGUAAAAAGAUACCUUCUGAUGAGAAGUACCGAUUUGAUAUCAAGGACAUACUUGAAAUGGAAAUGAAGAUUUUGGAAGCUCUUAACUAUUAUUUAGUUGUAUUCCAUCCUUACCGAUCUUUAGCUCAAUUCCUUCAGGAUGCGGGACAGAGUGAUCUGACUCAGUUUACUUGGGGACUCGUUAAUGACACCUACAAGAUGGAUCUGAUUCUCAUACAUCCUCCUCAUCUGAUUGCAUUGGCUUGCAUUUACAUCGCAAGCGUAUUUAAAGACAGGGACACCACCGCAUGGUUUGAAGAGCUUCGGGUUGAUAUGAAUGUGGUCAAGAAUAUAUCGAUGGAGAUACUUGAUUUCUACGAGAACCACAGAAUGAUUACAGAAGAGAGAAUAAGCGCAGCUUUCAACAAGUUAGCUCUGAAGCCAUAAGUCAUCAGUUGCUGAAGCGAGUAGGGUCAGUUUAUCAAAUUCAAAUGUCAAUUUGAUGAAGCUGCCAUGGGGAAUUCUAGCGCACUUUGAGGAAUGCUUGCAAGCAAAGAUCGGUGACCAUGGAGAAGGAAGAAAAAGAAAUCGAAACCUGAAAGCUUAAAAUUUGAUCUUGAGAACAGUUUGGAUUCUAAAUCUGUCCUAUUGUAAAGGCACAUUGAUCAAGCACUGGAAGCUGUAUCAUUGAUUGCUAUGAUGAGAUUGCAGAAAUUAAAUUGAUAAUUGCCUAUUGUUCAGUGUAAUGCAA